CUGUGAAUACUAACUAGCAUAAUUAAGGGUUGUCAUUUUUUUUUUUCAUUCAUUCAAAGCGCAUCGUUGUCAUUUUUAGUUUUUGUUGUUGAAAUUUUUCCUCAAAAUAGAACAAAACAGAGUGGCAAAAUAGCUUUUAAAAACAUCAUUACAACUUUUUCGGAGAAAUCUAAAGACUAAAACCCCUUAAAGUAGUUUUAAAGAUUUUGUUUUAAAAAAUUAGAAGCCAAAAACAAUGCUCGUAUCUUUGGGAUAGAAGGGGAAAACGUCAAUACGAAGUCUUAAUUUUCAGCUGCGCAUUCCUUUACGUGGUCGAGGACUCGAGAAUGCAAAGAAUGAAAGAAGAAAUGGAGGUAACAAUGCCUUUGAAGCUGUUGGUAAACAUGGAGGGGGAUAAGGCAAAGGUUCUUUAUGCGGAAGCUGGUAAAGACUUCGUAGAUUUCCUCUUCAACGUCAUGUCACUUCCAUUAGGUACCCUUAUGAAGCUCAUCAAAUCAAAGGAAAACAUGGCGGGUUGCCUAGGCGAACUUUACACGAGUAUUGAGUCUCUCAAUGGUGAGUACUUGCAAGAAAAUGUUGAUAGAGACGCGGUGUUGAAGCCAAGAGGUUCUGUUAGUGUACCUUUGCUGUCCAUACAUGAUGAUGCCCUAGCUUCUGAGGAUGAGGUUGAAAAUCUAAGCAAUGUUAGUGUUCCUUCAUUGUCCAUAAAUAAUAAUGAUGGCCCAGUUAAUUCUGAGGAUGUUGAAAAACCAUGCAAUAAAACUGGUGCUGGAUAUGUGAUGGGAGGAGUAUUGACUUAUAUGGUAAUGGACAAUUUGGAAGUCAAACCUAUGUCUACCUCUUCUGUUGUUACUCUUAUGAAAAAGUUUCAUGUCAAGGAUGCUUCUUCAUUGAUCGAGAGGAAUGUUCGAGUUGGUCUUAAUCAGGGGGUAGCAAUUUUGAAGGCAUCCUUGGAAACUCGAGCUGUUUUGACCAAUGUAUUCCUCGAAUGUAUUGACUUGCACCCGAGUACGUCUAGAGGAAGUGGAUCUAAAGGAAGAUCUAGAUGGCAUUUAUUCAAAUAAAAGUGGCAUGCAUUAUUGUACAUGUCGGUAUAACCUCGAAAAACAGGGUCUUCCUUUGCACUUGUCACAUGGAAUUUCCCGCAAUCUAUCAUAUAUGUAUCUUGUUUAAUGUACCUUUUAAAACGAAGUCAAAUUAUUUGAUGCAAAAACAACAAAGUUAUAAGAUAUGUAUUGACUAUUGAGAGAAAUUAUCCAAGCACUACCUUAUCAAACGCACUUAUUUAGUUGUUCCUAGUACUCUUUUGACCUAGUAAAUAACCAUAAUCUACUCUAUCUGUAAUACUUGUAAAUGUUAAAUAAAUAAUUAAAAAAAAGUACGCCCUACUGCAUACAACAUUUUUUAAA